AUGCCUGGGGAAAAAGCAAGUGAUGAAUCUCAUUCUUUUGAUUCCACCACGCAGUUUAGAGUUGGAUUGUUGCAGGUUCUUGAUACAAUCAUCAUGCAAAUAGAAGAAAGAUUUGUGGCUCUAAAAGAGGUAGUAGAUGAUUUUGGAUUCCUAAACGGGGUUUCUAUCGAGACAACCACUUUGGAUAAAAUAAAAAAGCAAGCUACAGAUCUUGCACUUAAGUAUUCUGCUGACUUAAAUGCUUACGAAUUCACAUCAAUAAUAGAAAGCUUCAAAUUAAAAAGUAAAAUACUGUAUGAAAAUGUUAUUGAAAUGGGUAUCUUGGAAAUUUUGCAAGGGCAACAACGAUUAACAAAUAUAUCUAUAAUUUCAAUUCAAAAAUCGACUGCAAUUAAUUUAAAUUAUGAUGAGAUUAUGAACAUAUUUGAUGAAUCUAAAUCUAGAAAAGUUGUAUAUUUAAUGUCAUUAUGUGAUUAA